UAUGUUUAAAAAACCAAAAAAUACAGAAUACCCUGAAUAAAAAUACAAAUAUUUUCUUUCUAAAAUUCCCAACAGGGGAACAUUUCGACAAAUAAACGUUUCGAAACUUAGUAUCAUUACGCCCUCUAUGAAGAAAGAGAUAGUGUUAAGGGCAGAGCACUGACAACAGCCUGCGUUGGAGCAGUGCUACUGCAAAAUGUCGUCGAUAGGUGAUUCAAGUCGACCAGACGCCUCUUCCACAUCAGACACUGACAAACCUGAAAGUACAGGAGCCUGCACUGAUAGAGCAAAUCUCAGCAAGAAUAUUACGGGAGAAUCUGCUUCUCAUAAUGUCCUGACAGAUACAGCGUCGGGAAUAACCCACUCUGAUGUUGCAGCAUGCGGUGGUGGUGCUGGGUCGUUGGAACAUCUUUUGACCGUUCCGACUUCUGCUUUGGAAGCUACAGAUAGCGAAGUUGACGAUGAGCUUAUAGAACUGCUUGACAGUGCAUUGCAAGACUUUGAACCAGCUGCAGAUACUGGCUAUGCUACUUCAGCAUUAGCAGAUAAUGAUAUCAAUACCCAAGCAACACCUGCUGGCACAACUACUUCUGAAGUAUUAAAAGGAGGCAGAGACUCUGAUGCUGCAAAUGAGAAUGUCCUCCAAUCGUCUUCAUCAGCUUCAUACAUGUCUACUCCAUUUAAUAGUCCCAACUUGCCUCAUUCUGAAAGAAGAAAUGAUACGGCAGGUAGGGAUCUAGCUGAACAGCUUGAUGAAGCUAUGCAUUCUUUCAUUAAUGAAGACCCUGUACUUAUACAAAACAUCGAAAUCCUUGCCAAAGCAGCAGAAUCUGCUGGUGAUUCUCCUGAGGCCCAAAAGGAAUUUGCAGACACACUUGCUAAAACACUAAGUAGUUUAGCCCAAAAUGCAGAAGGAUUACAGGAUCAGUUAAAUGAAGAGGGUCUAAAUCAAGCAUUCAACAAUCUUGGCCUAAACCCAGGUGGAGGCAUUGAUGGUGGAGGGAAUAGCAGUGGCAGCAGUGGGAACAAUCCAGAUAUUCUGCCUGUCAUGCAAAACAUGAUGAAAACCCUUUUAUCAAAGGAAGUUUUGUAUCCCUCCUUGAAAGAAAUUUCUCAAAAGUAUCCUAAAUGGCUAGAGGAAAAUUCUGGAAAGACAGACAAGAAGUUGAUUGAGAACUAUAAACAUCAGUAUACUUUGAUGAAGACAAUUUGUAAUGAGUUUGAGAAAGAAACAACCACAGAUAGUGAUGAUGUUAAAAAUGACAGAUUUAAUAAGAUCCUAGAGUUCAUGCAAGAAAUGCAAGAAUUAGGGCAACCUCCUAAAGAAAUACUUGGAGAGAUGGCACCUGGGUUGGAAUUUGAUGCAAACGGCUUUCCAAAGUUGUCUCAUUCUGGUGACCAAUGUUCUAUAAUGUGAGUGGACUCAAAAUAAUACUUGCUUUCCUCUCAACACAUUCCAGGAAACAAAAAGGUAAAAAAAAAUAUAAAAAUAUAAAAAUCAACUUUAAAACAAACCAAUGAAAGACAAUAAUGUCAUAAGUGAAUAAGAAACAUUGCAAAAGACCAAGAAUGAGAAGAAUUAUCUGCAGACAUGAGGUUGCUAAUAUGGAUGUGCUGAGAACUGUUCCAAAUAUACAAGCUGUGAUCUUUAUUUUUUUUUGUCUUUCCCUCACCACUACUAUCUUCCAAUGAACCAUUACUUAAUCCUCCAACCCAAGAUAAACUUUUGGGAUUAUGUUGAUACCUCUUUAUUCUUUUUAAAAUACCCUAACUUCACCCUUCUUUUUUUAGCCUUCCCUUAUCUGUAUAGCAUCCUGUUUGUGUUCCAAUUGUUUUAUUGUACACAUGUAGAUGCAUCUGCAUAUAUGAGUUCUUCUAUUUAUAUGAACAUGUGUGAGUGUAUACAUAAAUGUGUGUGUGUAUUUAUUGCAUGACUCUAUGCAUGCAUAGAUAGACAGAUGAGCAUAGUUGCCAUGUGGAGGUGAAGUUCAGUUAUAAAGAUAAAUUCUGACAAAUUUUCUUCUUUAAAGAAAGUCAAAUUUGCUUUUGCUCGCCUCUCACUCUUUACUUUCUUUCACUGCACUUUAGUUAUCUCCAGUUUGAAUUUGAGUCAAUCACUUUACUUUCCUUUGAUAUGUAUUUCCUAAUAAAAUAUAAUGGUCAUUUUUUUUUUUUUUAACCUUAGUGUUAUGUUGGUAUAUUGGUAACUACUUUCAGGAUCUGUAGUGCACAUACAGAGUGUUUACCUGGUCUGGAAUUUAGCACCAAUCUUGAUUGAUAAUAAAUUUAUUUUUUAAAAAUACAAAUGAAAAAAAUAUUAAAACUAAUCUCAAUUUUAAAAAUUGGUGCAUUAUUUGACCAUUUCAUAUGUUCUAGAGCUUUUAUUCUUUUUUUUUUUUUUUUUGGAAGCAAAUAGUUCCUUCAAAAUUAGUUGUUUGGAGGUCUCUUUGUUUCCCUAAAUUUCCUUCCCUCUGACAGUUACAUAUCACACUCCAUUUUAAAGGAGAAUUCAUGUAAGAGUGCAAUUGUCAUGAGUAGUGAAGGAGGCCUUGCCUGGUGUCUGAAUGAGGGAGAGAGAGAAAGUGAAACAAAUAAAAAAUAAAUUAAGGUGAAGGAACUAUGUGGAGAGUGAACACAAGGCCAAGAAAGUUUCAAUUUGUGUUUGUGUGUGUGUGAGAAAGAGAGAGAGCAGGGUCAGCUUGGAGAAUGAAGAGGGAAGAAGUUAGAAUUGGAGAGGGAAAAUAGAAAAUGCAUUUGCUUGAAUCCACACAGAGAGAAGAUGGUGUUUAAGUCAGGAAGGGAAGUGGGGAAAAUCAACAAUUAAAAGGAGUGGGAAAACAAAGACCAACUAUACCCUGAAAUUUAUUUUAAAAUGUUUAAGCAAAAGGCAUUUGUGGAAUUCUUAGUUUGUAGAGCAAGUUAUUUUAUUCCAUUUUAGUUAGCUAGAGAAUAUGAAUUGUAAUUUCCCCUAUACAGAAAGGCCUUAUCUGGUUGCAAGCAUUUCAAUUGGGUUUUUGCCUAUUAAGCUCAUGUUUCAUUAUUAACUUUCACUUGUUUUCAAUAAACAUUUGAUAGAUAAUAUCUUGCUCUGCAGGAUGGCUUGUAGAAUAUUUUGCAUUAUUAACUGUAUAUUAUUAUGAUAUAGUUUGUAUGUAAUUAUCUCAUUUUCACUUGAUGUUAGUAAAAUAUUUUUGUUUGGAAGUUAAGAACAUUUGUGUCAAAUUCAGUAUGGUCAUAGGUAUAUUUGUUCCUGAACUAUGGUCUGCUAUUAAAAUAGUGUCUCUUCCUUUUAUCACAAAGUAAUUAAGAGAUAGUCUACACACCACCAAUCUAUUAAUAUUUGCUCAGUCAUUUUUUUUUUAAAUCUGAAAUAAAUUUAUCUUUGAAGGAUAAGUGUUUCUCUAAAUUUAUAACUUGCCAAUAUAUAAAUUUCUAUUGAAACAUUAAGACUACAUUAAAACAAUUUCUCUUAGUUUUAAGCCAAAUUUGAAUAUGAAUUGAAAGGUGAAAAAAAAAUGAUUUAUUAGAAGAGUAAUUCAAAUUUAUGCUUGUGAUAAAAUUAACUGGUAAGUUCUAAAAUCAGAACUGUUAUCAGAAAUUAGCUUUGAUAAAAUUAACUUUCAAAAAUUCAUUAGUUAAUUGUUUUUGUUUUCAUUAAUGUUGACAGUGUCUACUGGUUUUCAACUGCUUACAUCAGUCUUAUUACCUCUACAAAGUACAAUGCUUAACAUUGAAAUAUUCUCGUCAGGAUAUAUUUGUCUUUCUCAGCCUUCUUUGCUGCAAUUGUUUAUAAUACCAAUCAUUUUGAUUAUGUGCAGUCAAAAAUUAACUUCAGUAUCAUUUUACAUUUCUGUCCUUUACUUUUUUUCCUCUAUAAAUUAAUUUGGUAAUAGCAGUCAUAUAUUUAUAUGUAAAUUUUCAAAUAUUUACCUCUCACAUUGAAGGUAUCUUCUGCUUGGGGCAAAGGUAGAAGUAUAAUUGUUUCCUUAUUAAAUAAUUUUACAUUAAGACUGUAUUGAUAAAUAAAUCUUUGUUCAUACAAGAACCCUUUCAUAUAUAUAUAUAUAUAUAUGAAAGGGUUUUCUUAGGUAUUUUUUUAUAUGGUAAUAAUUUUAUAUAAAUAGAUCUUGGCAUAUCUUGGAUAUUAUGUGAUAACUAUAUACAGACAAAUUAUCAUAUGCAGUGAUGUAAUUCUUUUAUAAGCAAAUCUUGACUUAAAGUUAGGUGAUGUUUCAUCAAAUGGUUAUUAUCUAGUAAUUUUAUGUUAACAAAUUUCAGCAUACUGGUAGAUGAGUUUCUGUAAUUAGAUCUUGGCUUACAGUAAAACAAUUUUGUAUGGAAAAACACAAAUCAUCAUAAACCAGAUCCUGAUAUUGUGCCAUUGGAAUCAGUACAGAAUCAUGUUCAUAAUUAUAGCUAAAUUAGAAUUGUGAAAUAGAUUUUUCUGAUUAUUUUUUUCAUGCAAGUUCCUGUGUGUGUGUACGUGUAUGUGCAAAUGUGUGUAUGCAUGCACAGACAUGUGCAUGCAUGUGUGUGUAUGCAUGCACAUUGUAUGUGUGUGUGUAGAAAACUAUCUUUUUUUAAAUUUUUUUAUCAGAAGUAUUUUUAUUUGCCUAUUGUUUUUAUCAAUAAACAAAGCAAUAUUUUUCUCUUUUAUCAUUCAUACCUGUGUCAGUAUAUGUCUGGUUUUAUUUAAAAUUUCAAAUAUAUUUAUUAUUAAGCUUUCAAUGUAAACUGUCAAAUUUGAAGGUAAAAAUUGAAAUGUUGGUCUAUCUAUAACUUAUAUUCCUUUUAAUGUUACUGUAACAUCAAGAACAGCAACAGUAAUUAUAUUAAUAAUUAUAUUUUGCUUCUGACAGGGUUUAAUGACUAAAUCAAUAUUGUUUCACUUUGCUUCAGGAUGGUUCAAGAUUUUGUUUAAGUAGUGCCUUGUAGAAUUUUUCCUUUUAACUAUUCAUUUGACAUUGUUUUGAUAAGACUUUAUGCUCAUAUUUAGUGUGGUUUGUUAAUGGUUUGAAAUGAUAAUAAGUCACUGCAGUGCUUACAGUCCUCCAAUUGAUAGUAAGUCAGUGCAGUGUUUACAUACUGCACACAAAAUGUAAGUAUGACAAUCAAAACAGCACUCUAAGAGAAAAAAAGGAACACCAGUGUACUUAUAAAUCUGUCAUCAACAUUGCUACUAGAUUUUUAUGAUCUACUUAAAUAUGUAUAGUCUAUUGUUAGUUUGCAUUUGAUUAUUAUCAGGAUAUCAAAAUGACUCCAUCUUUGUCAGUUUUUUUAUAUGCCAUACAUUUACAUUUUCUGAAACUAAUUUUAAUUUUUAUACUCUUUGCUUUAUACCAAACAUUGUAAUUGUAUGGAUCUUUUUGACAAAAUGGAGAUUGAAUUAAAACAGUUUUAUGUCCUAGAUAUAUUGGAUAAAAAAUCUUAUGUUUGGCCUACUAUAAUUUUUUUGUCUAUAUUUAUUCUAAGGAUUUAUAAUAGCUUCAAAUUUUGCUUAUCUCAUCAAUUAAGACUCCCCAACUCUCUCUUUCCUCUUUCUUUUUAAUUUUAAUUUUAGUUUCUAAAGAAAUACAUUUUCUAAACCAGAGAUUUCUUUGAUUUUGUGUAAAAGAGUUUAAGUAUUUUCCUUUUUCAACACAUUUCCUUCCAAUUCCUGUACAAAAUGACAGUUGGAUAAGAAAAUAAUGUUAUGGAUGUAUAACUUGUGUACAAAAUGUGCUUCAUUUCAAAAUAAUUAACUUUAGGUAGCUUAGUUUGUAAUUUUAAAGAUAGGAAUAUGAGGAGAGAGUUGAAAUGUAUCUUACAUUUUCAUUGUAUUUUUUCCAUUUGUUUUUACUGCUGUCUGUAUGUAUUUUGGUGUCUCUCUUUGUAUUUGUGUUAUUCUGAACAUCUCUAUAUUAAUGCAUAAUCAAUCAUGCAUUUAUAAGCAAGUAUUGUAUGAAUGUACAAAUUUAUGCUCAUACAUAUGCUGGCAAAAACAAGAAAAAGGCAUGCAUGUACAAUAUACACAUUACUUUAUACAUCAACACUUCUUUUAAAGAAUUAAUUUGAUAAGCUUAUGUAGAAUUCUUUAUUUUGUGUUAUCAUUUUUUUUUAAUGCUGGGUAGAACAGAACAGUAAGUUUGGAUCAGUUUUGUACAUUCAGAGGGUUAUUAGCUGAAUUCUAUAUAUUUCACAAUGGAAGAGAAAAGUACAUUCUCUGCAACAGUAAUAUUGCCGGCCAUUCCCCUCCCACAUUCUUUGUAUUAUUUUUUGCAAGCAUUUUUAUUUUGUUUAUUUAUUUUAUCUUUUGUUUGGAAUUUGUUUUUUAAGCAAAAAAAAAAAAAAAUCAAUCAAGAAUUAUUUAAUUGUUUCUUCGGGAACAUUGAAGAAAUUCUUUUUACAAGGUAAUUCUGUUCAGUUUCAUAAAGAGCAGAAGUGAUAAUUCUACAACACUAACGACAAUAAAAAAUUAUUCAAGAAAAAUGAAA